GUCAUCCAUAAACACCUCUUCUGCACCGGGAAUUGGGCGUUGACCUGGUCCAGAAGCAGAGGUGUGCUGGGGACUUCAAUGAAGCGUGAGUGAAGGAGGCGGAGAUGGGCUUCUCUCCGAUGCAGGAGGCUGUGAGAGAUGGCGCAGAAGGGACUCUGGUCGACACCGGAUCGAGGCGCUUACUACCGGAUCGACCACUCGAUCUGGGCCAGCCGGGCGUCUUCGGCCUGCGGCGAGAAUGGCUUGUCCUCUUUCAGUGUGUCUUCUGUUUGCUUCUGCUGGACUUCUUUGUCCUUCGGAAGGUGCGCUCCAACCUCCGGAACCACGUCGCGCUGACGGUCUUUUGGAUCAGCAUCGGCAUGCUCUACAACGUCCAUGUGUGGUACCUCUACGGUCCCGACCAGGCCAUCUACUGGUUCAGCGGCUUCACCCUCGAGUGGAUGCUUUCCAUGGACAACUUGGUGGUCUUCAGCUUGAUCAUGACGACGUAUCGCGUGCCAGCGUGCCUGACACGCAAGGCCUUGUUCGUGGGUAUCGUGGGAUGCGUUGCCAUGCGGCUGGGAUUCUUUCUGGUCCUGGAAGACAUCCUGAAGCACGAAAAGAUCCUCCAGAUUUGCAUGGGGAUCGUGCUGAUGGCGAGUGGUGGACAUGCCAUGUUCGAGGAUGAGAACGAAGGUGAUGUCGUGGAUACCUAUGUGGUGCGAGCGACCAAGGCCUGCCUUGGACGUCGACUUGAGGAGCGCUACGACACUGAGACCUGCAGGCUGUUUGUCUAUCGAGACGGGAAAUAUCGAGCGACCCUGUUAGUCUUCGUGAUUUUGCUGCUGGAAAUCACCGACUUGAUGUUUGCCCUGGACAGCGUCAGCGCCAAGAUCGCCGCGGUGCCCAACCAGUUCAUCGCCUAUAGCUCCACGGUGAUGGCGGUCUUCUCCUUGCGCGCAGCCUUCUUCAUCGUGCACGACCUCGUGCAGCAGAUCGAGGUGCUGAAGUAUGGUGUGGCCUUCAUUGUGGCUUACAUAGGAGUACAGCUCAUUCUCUCCACCUUCCGAUACGUCCCUGAGUGGAGCACCUGUGCGGUCUCUGGAUUGGUGAUUUGCUCGUGUCUGCUGGCUCGGUGCUGUGUGGCCACCAAAGCCAGAAGUUCAUGAGGCUUGGCCUGGCCGCUUCAAGCAGUGGAAGAGGACGUUUCACCACACGCACGGCUUCACCCAGAGAUCGCGAAAAGGAGACAAGAGGUGAAGCACCUUGUGGGUGAGGCAAGAAGUGAAGC